AUGCUUCAACAACUUAUUAAACAUGAAAUUUCGAAAUCUAAUUACAAUAUCAGGGAGGAUGUUCAAAGUCAGGCACUCCGAGCUCUAGAAGACUUCUAUAACGAUAUCCAAAACUACCAAGAUACAAAAAAUGCUAUUAUGCGUCUCGGCAUCAAUGUUUCUGUGUUUGAUAAAAUAGCAAGGAUAAAAGAAUCAUAUUGCGAACCUCCAUUAUCUGAUCAACAUACGUAUCAGCACCAUCGUAAGGCGAUUCCUUGGACAGAGAGCGAAGACGUUCGACUCAUUGCCGCAGUAUUGAAGUAUAGUGCUAGCGAUUGGAAAGUAAUUGCCUCUUAUGUAGGCUGUGGAAGAAAUUCAAGCCAAUGCAAUUUACGUUGGAAUAGAGUACUUAAUCCCUACAUAAGCAACAAAUCAUGGAGCCAUGAAGAGGAUAUGAAGUUGUUAAGCGCUGUACAAAUGCUUGGGAGGACUGCUUGGAAUUCAAUCUCUAAAAUGCUUCCAGGAAGGACAGAUGCUCAAUGCCGAUUACGAUAUUUAUUUUUAUCUCAAUCAGGAGGUCAAUCUCACACUUCUCGAUCUACAAAGUCUUCUGAAAAUUCGGAAGAAGAGACUGAAAUUCCAAGAAAGCGUCGCCCAUCGAUUACUAUUGCUCCGAGUCUUUCUCCUUCACCAAUGUCAUUUGGAUUCUUUUAA